GACUACUAGCUUAUAUAGUACUACUUGUAGUAAUGUUUGUCCUUAUUUCUGUUGGAUAUUUAGCUUUCAAUUGGUAUUCUGCUCUAGGACUAAUAACUUAUGUAGCAUUACUUUUAGUAAUAGUCUUUGUUGCAGCAGAAAUUUUUUCCAUUUGGGAAUCAAUUCUAAGAAUAGUGAUUUUGGGAGCUUUUAUUAUGGUUUCCAUUGGGAUUCCUAUUACAUUGACUGUGACCUGGAUUAAUGGAGGUGACGUUAAAAAACUAAAGCCUCUUAUUGCUCUAGUGCAAAGUGUUAUCUCUAGUGCUAUCAUCACACCUCUAGUUAUACCACUAGUUUUGAAGAAACUAGAAGGAGCAGACCCAGUGAAUCAAGAGACUACAAAUAGCUAGAUCAACCUGACUCUGAUAGGUUUAUUUUUGUACUAACUGAUGAAGUUUGAAAAAAAUGAUUAAUUUUGUAGAUUAAUAGUUUACCAUA